AUGCAAGAUGAAAGAGGGACAACAGCGUUUGCUUUACAUCGCAAUCUGAAGAGGAUUUACGUCAACUUCUGCGUCUCAUUUAUCUAUAUGGAGGGGUAUUAUCAACCAGAGAUAUCAUUAGCUGUGAUAUCAGGAAAGAAGUACUGUUUUCCGUUUAUUUUUUACCUGAAGAAUUCUCCGAGCUGCAAUAUUGCUUUGAGUGAGAUCUGUGACAGUAUAAUUUCAUCUUCACAGAGCCCAGAAAUACGUUAUGCCACUAUACGAACAAAAUUAGAUUCUAUUGAUAGUUCUCAUCAGCCAAUACUUAUUUCGCUAUGGAAUUGGCUGAAUUCUUGGUCUUGGACCCAGCAACAGCAUCAAGAUCGCCUUCUCUACUCCGCUUCCGAAGCAUACUUCUUUCUCUUCGAAAUGAGCUCUUCCUCCUUCGCUCCGGACGACGGCUUUGUGUUCAAAUCCAAGCUCUGCUGCGCAGUCGAUCUGAAACUCGAAAAGAGAGUGGUGAUUCGAAAGACAGAGUCUCUCAUCAUUCGUCCCCCCAACGAGCAUGUCGUGUCUCUUCUCUCUCGGAACAGGGAGGACAAGUGUGAUCUCUACUUCUAUGAGUACAUUCCUGGAGGUUCUCUCUGCUCCUUCCUCUUGAAGCACGGGCCUCUGACCGAGAAAGGCGUCCGCAAGGUCUUUCGUCAGCUCCUGCCCUUGCUGAAGGACGAGAGUCUCUCGAUCUUGCCUGGGGACUUCCGACUGAGCAAAAUUCUGCUGCGGACCUCCGAUUCGAUCGACGAGGUCGUGCUGCUGCCGGAUGAUUCGCUGCUAAUGGUAGGAUUGGGCGCAGUGCGUUCCUCGCAGAGCGAGAAUCCGUUCAAUUUGCUGCUGGAAAACAUGGAGUACUUCAGUCGAGAGCGGGUUCUGUUUCAGUCCUUCCAGUCUCCGCAGGAUUUGUGGUCGAUCGGCGUGCUGUUCUUCGUUUUACUCACGGGCUCGUUUCCUUUCGGGUCUUGCAUCAACUCCAAUCUACUCACAAACAUUUCGGAAUGCAGGGUUCGGAAGGAGGAUGCAGCCUAUCAACGUCUCUCCGAGGAAGCCAAACAUUUGAUCCUUCGCUUCUUUGAUCCGGAUUACUUGAAACGGAUUUCUCUAGACGAACUAUUGAUUUCGGAGUUUAUGAUGGUGCAUGAUAAUGCAGACGAUCCCGACUAUUACUCGUGUGAUCAAUGGGCUUUUCGGACUGUCCCAGGGAGGAUGGCUAACAACGUGGAGUAUAAGAUUCUUGAUCCUUCAAAGUUGAAAUGCUUUUCGUUCCCUUGUCAGGGAAAGGAGGUGGAUGCCUCCAUUCUCACCAAUACAGAUGUGAUUCAUGUCUGUGAAGUGUAUUUUGGAAGCGAUGGAUUUUGGGUUUGCGUGAACAAUGACUCCGUUUUGAACCCGUUGGAUUGUCCUUACGGAACCCAGCCUGCCUUUCAACAGCCUUUCGCUGUUCCCGUCCAAGGAAAGUUGUUCCGGGGUUCAAAGUCUGAGUAUAUGCUGUACAGUGGAGCCUCGCGCGACUCCUUGCUGAAUACUUCGCCUCUUUGCUCGGUUCUCAUUGCCGAACGUGUAAUCACCAAUUCUUGUCGCUUCAUUCAACUUUCUCCGCAAACCUGUUGUGCAUCAAGGCUCAAUCACUGA